AUGGUUGGAACGAAGCAUACACACGGCGAGGAUAUGUCUUACUUCAGAAAGAUACGGAAGCCGAUGGUAGAGAAAAAGAGACGGGAAAGAAUGAACACAAGUAUUUCACAGCUGAAGUCGCUUAUCGCACAGACAAUCAAACAAAAUACUGCUCCUAUGAUUCGAGUUGACAAAGCCGAUAUUCUUGAGCUUACCGUCUACCAUCUCACACAGUUACAACAACAACAACGCUCUGUAACCAUGGCGACAGAGGCUGCAGCAUUCAGUACAGGAUACAAAGCGUGUGCACGGGAAGCUGUGACGUAUUUGGCAAGCAAUAAGAUGACAACUUCUAAAGUAACAGGAUCUCUGAGUAAUCAUUUACACAGUUCAUUCUUGAUGUGCAGCAGACGACAGCAAUCAGAAACUCAUCUGCAAAAUUAUGCAAGGGGCGAUAACUCUUAUGGAAAAACAGAUCGCCUGUCGACUCCGCUUAGACAUUGUGACAGUUUUAACACAUCCUUACCAGAAUUGAAUCUUACCGGAUAUUCACCUAUUCUAAACAGCACACAAAAUUUGCCGGAAUUUACGUCGUCGUUUGUGCACGCGGGCCUUAACUCUAGUCCAUCCUCAGAAUUUUCCAGUACCAAUUCCAGUGUAAGCAAUUUGUCCAGUGAAUCGUGCUUGUCGUAUUCAGAUAACAGCACAGACGGUGAUUCUACCACAGAAAAUGAAGUGAAGGAAACAGAAAGUUGUAAAGAUGUUGUUACCAUUGGCAACGGAGAGGAAAACAAGAUAGGUCACGUGAUUAAAGAAGUUCCAUGGAGACCAUUUUAA